AUGCCCGUCUUUCACACCAAGACCAUUGAGAGUAUUCUCGAGCCGGUCGCUCAACAGGUAAAACUUAUUGUUAACCCUAGCUCGAAUAUGCAUGCUUAUAUGUUGUUUGUGUUCAAAAAUCACUUUCUGUUUACACAAUAGUAACAAAAAAACUCCAAUUCAAGUGCAUUUAUUCUUCAUCCCAGCGUGAUCUACUUCUCUCUUUCCAAAAAGACGUGCUCAUAAGGUGAAAAAAAACUUGCAGCUUCAUUAUGUGUUAGCACUAGCGGAAAAAAAUGCGGCAGCUUGUGACGAAGUUCAACAUUUGGGUCGAAGUAUGCCAAAUUUGGCACGUUCUCGCUCGGGUUUAGCCUUGUCACGUGCGUCGAGUCGACGGAGUAUUCCGGAGCUCAUUUCACCGGACACUUUGCGACAAAUUGUCACCGAGGAUGAUUGUCCAGUUUGUCAGCUAAUGAUGCCACGUGGAAAAGAUGGAUGUGUAUGUUUUGUCUUUGUCUUUGUACAUAUUUUAAAUUUUUGUCCAGUUCAAAUCACUGUUUUUUACGUUCUAUGUGUUUUGCUUAGCUUUUCAGGGUCACCCAAACAUAAAUGUUUCCCUCUUGAAACAUACAACUUCCAGGUUUCCCGGCUUGUUAUCCUUCACGAAGAAGCAGAAGAUGGAAAUGCUAUGCCAGAUUUGACGCGACCAGUUGGUCUCGUAUCGCGAGCUGUCGACAACUUGAUUAAGGUCAGUGUUUUUUCACCACCCCCAGAAAAAUCAUGACUCAAACAUUUUUGUUCCCAAAUCAGCGAGCCGCAAAAAUUACAACAACACUAGUCUCUAUGCUCCUAAUACAUUGUGCUAAUAGAAAAAAUCGGUUGCGCACAGGCCCCCGCGUACACAACAAACAUUUUUCAUUCUCUAUUUCUCUUUUCCACCUAGUUCCUGAUAUAUUUUUAUGAAAAAUUGUAUUAUAAUGAUGAAGAAGACAUGAAAACUUUCCAUCGAUCGAUGAGUUCAUUGAGAACUUCUGAGAAGGAAGAAUAUAAUUUUGUUGAGCGCCGAUCUUUUAGGCAUAAAAGAUCAUCUUGGGGUCAAGAAAAUAAGAAGGUUUUCUAUCUUCCUAUUUUCAAAAAAAUCAAAAAUAUUGAUUUGUUUAGGUCGGUUAUGAUACCUGCGACCAUUCUGAUGAUCGAAUUCUCCAACAAGAUAUGCCACCAGCACUUCAACGUGUUGAAGGAUCGUCGAAAUUUCUUGAAGAGGCUUGUAUUUCAUUGAAAGGAGAUCCAUUCUCAGUUCCAGCUCGUAAGAAACUCAUCGACGGAGCUCGCGGAAUCCUUCAAGGAACAUCAGCCCUUCUCUUAUGUUUCGAUGAAUCCGAAGUGCGUAAGAUUAUCAGGGGAUGUAAAAAGGUUUUGGAUUAUUUGGCGGUCGCCGAAGUCAUCGAAUCGAUGGAAGACUUGGCGCAAUUCGUUAAGGACAUCUCGCCGUGGUUAUCCAAAGUUACAUCGGAUGUGAAUUUGAGACAACAAGAAUUGACACAUCAAGUACAUAGAGAAAUAUUGAUUAGAUGUUUAGAUUCAAUCAAGACGCUGUCACCAAUUUUGAUAUGCGCCAUGAAAAUAUUUAUUCAAAUCAACAAUGAUCCAGCACAACGAGGUGAAUUUUAAAAAGUUUCACAAAAACAAAAGGGAAUUUUUCAGGAUCCCAAGAAGCUGCCGAAAACAGAAAUUAUUUAUCACAACGUAUGCUCGAAGAGAUGAAUGAGGUCAUUCGAGUCCUCCAACUCACAACAUAUGAUGAAGAUGAAUGGGACGCAGACAAUGUGACAGUUAUGCGCAAAGCUCUUUCAGCCGCAAAAUCUCUUCUCACCGCUGCUCUCGAUUGGCUCGCCGAUCCACGUGCUCGUCCAGGAGCCAUUGGAGAGAAGGCGAUUCGUAGAAUUUGUGAGUAUGCUGAUCGAAUUGCUGCGCGCGCAUUGCCAGAAGAUUCUCAAAGUAUCAAACGAUCGAUUCAUGAGAUCAACAGUAUGACCGAUCAAUUGUGUGAUUUGAGAAAUUCGGGAAGAUAUGACAGCGAAAACCUUGCCGCUCAAACAGCUCAACGAUUGAAGGAUUUGGUUGGUUCGAAACAUAGCUCAGGACUUAUGUCGGAUGCUCUUCAAAAUGCUCAAAGACACGGAGGAGCUAAUCCAGCUCAUACUGCUGCUGGAAGACUUGAACAAGCGUUGAGAUGGUUGGAUAACCCAGGAUUAGAUGAUGGAGGUUUGGGACUUCAAGCUCUCCGACUUCUCACAUCAGAUGCUCGUAAACUUGCUGACAGAUUGAACCCACAAGACAGGUAAUUUUUUGAAAAAGGGAUGAAUCACAUAUGUCCGUCAGCAAAACCUUUGUGAUCCCUGAUAUUUUUAGAAAUCGCCUUCUCGGAUUAUGUAACGAUAUUGACCGUCUUGCCGCACAAUUAGCCGAUCUCGAAAGACGUGGACUCGGAAACUCACCGGAAGCCCAUCAAAUUAGACAACAACUCAAGGGUGCAUUGAAGGAUCUUGGCGAUUUUAUGAGACGUAUUCUUACCGAUCGUGUUGUUAGUUUCAUACCCUUUUAUGGUCCCCAACAAAUCUAGAUUCAUUUCCAAACGCAUGUUUCCAGGUCGAUGACUUCGCUGACAUCACAACGCCACUCAAGCAAUUCGUGGAAGCCGUACACGCCGACGAGUAUGACCCGCACCGCGAGCCAAACUUCACAGACAAGUCUCAUCGACUCAAUGAUCAUGCCCACAGUAUGACAACCACAGCGAGAUUAGUCGCCAGUUGCGGACCAUCGAAGAAUAAGAAGACUGUUGAGGCGAUUUUGGACACUGCCGAGAAGGUCGAUCAAAUGACACCGCAAAUUAUUAAUGCCGGAAAAAUCAGAUUGCACAAUAAUUCAGAUCAUGCAGAGCAACAUUUCGAAAAUAUCCACAGGUAAAGCUUUUUUCGGUUGACCGAGACCAAGCCUCUGACUUUAACUGGCAAAUGAAAAAUAAUUUCCUGUACGCAAAAGUACGUCGCCGUGUUUGCACACACCAACCCUUGAAGACAAUUUGAAUCUUUAAACUAUUUUCGACACGAAGCUUCGAGAAAAAUCGAAAAUAAUUUUCUAACUUAAAAUUUCUGACCAAACAAAUUUCAGACAAUACGCCGAUGCUCUCCACCGUCUUCGUUCACACGUCGAUGACGCUAUUGAUACCGGAGAAUUUGUGCGAGCUUCCGAAAACGCAAUGCGUAGAUACACAAACAACUGCGAAGGUGCCAUCACAUCAUCCGAUGCUCAAGGAAUGGUUGACAGCACAUCGCAAAUCGCCCGACUCGGUAAUCGUGUUUUGAUGACAGCCAAGAACGAGGCUGACAAUUCGGAAGAGCCAAGUUUCGUUGAUCGCGUCAACAAUGCUGCAUCACAAUUGCAUUCAGGUGAUUUUUUUUAAACAUAAGAUGUUUUUUGUUUGAAACGUAGAGAUUAGGUUAACAAUAAGUUUUAAAAGAAAUUGUCUUUACUAGUAGCGAAAUUUUUUGCUAUAUUGACAUUUGUCUUCUCCCUGCGCACUCCGUUUCUAUCACAUACUUUACUUGCGAAUAAGAGAACACACCGAAGAAUCUUUGAGUUUUAUUUGCUUCUCCUUCUUCUUCGUCUUACUUUGCUGCUUGUAACUCGCUUUCUCCAAUUUUUUCUAUAUUUUUUCAACAACUAUGCCGCAGCGCUAUUCUUAUUCGGUUUCUGAUCCUUACGAUUCUUCGGAUGAAUAUGAUAAUUAUAGUGAGCAAAAUUAUGAAUAUGUAUAUAAAACAAGGGUUGUUCCUCCUAUUCACAACCCUCAAGUGUAUAUAUGUUAGUUUUUGUUUUCAAAUUUUCAAAAGAUUCUGAUCAAUAAAUAAAUUUCUUCCUUUAGCUAUCCCACCAAUGGUAAACCACGCCAAACAAGUCGCAAUGAAUCCACGCGAUCAAUACGCCUCAAAUCAAUGGCGAGGUGCCAACGAUCAUUUAUUGAACAGUGUUCGAGCUGUCGGCGAUGCCAUCACUGGAGUUCCAGUCAACAACGGAAGACAUUCGAGUUAUCAAGAAAGUAUUUCAAGAGCUUCACCAUAUACACCAGCGGUAAGAAUUCGUUUUCUUUUUAAUUCAUGGUCAUUUUUCAAGAGUCCUUAUCAAUGUUUGUUUUUAUUUGUAAAUAAUACAUAGUGACGCUCUCGGGUUACAUGGGAGAGCCAAAAAGUGACAGCUAAAGCGUGGGAAUAUUAUUCUGAUGAGAGGGGGAACUGUCAGAGCAGAGCAAAACAGAAAAAUUUGAAACUGUAAAAUUGUUGGUAGAGUAUCUAGGCAAACAAUUGCGAAUGGUCUUUGAUCAACUGAAAAGUUUCAAAUUUUCCUUGUGUAUUUUGAAGUUGGAACUUCCGGGCAGCUCCAAAAUCAACAUAACUUUCAUUAUUUCGAGAUCUGAUGACCUAGCGUAUAAUGUCGAAGUAGAAAACCAGUGUAGAAUUGAAUGAAUGACAAAAAAACAUUAGUUCGUCAGUCGCGUGCGGCUGUGCGUCGCGGUCGGGUAACAAAGGAAAUUCACGACCAUUUACUCCAAUAGAAAAUUGCCCCCUCGGGUCAGACGAGAGACGACGGGAGUCUGAUGACGUCAUCAAAGACAGAUCGCUUCGAGAUAUUUUUGAGAAAAUAUGUGUCCCUUUGAAAAAAUACCGUAUUUUGUUUCAAGGAACACAUGUUUUAUUGAAAAUAUCUCAAAGCGAAAUUCAUUUUCGAGAUGUUUUUGCAAAAUACUCUCGUCGUCUCGCGUCUGACUCAACGGGCGCCUUGUAUGGUCGUGAAUUGAUUGUUUCCCGACCGCAACGCACAGCAGCGCGCGACUGAAGAAGUAAUUUUUUUUCGUUCAUUCAAAUCUGCACUGACUUUUAUUUUUUACGGCUGCCAUAUUUUUUCAACAAAAUAGUUUUGAAAACAAAUUUCUGAUAUUAGGCAAUCCUAACAUGUUCCCACUAAAUAGGUCAAAAAUGUAGGAAGGAGCAGCGCUAAACCAUGUGAACCGUUAAAAAAAUUUCAGCCACCAUCAUCUCAAAUCAUCCGAAAUGUCACCGCUUCCCCACCAUCCGCACCAAUCGUUCACAACAAGAUGAUAAUCCGCGAAGAAAUCCCAGCUCCACCGCGUCCACCGCCACCAGUCGAACUCUCGCCACCCCCACGACCGCCACCACCACCAGAAUACGAUGAAGAAGAGGAGACACGCGCCUUCUGGGAACGUUAUCCCCUUCCACAAGCCAGUCAUCAACCGAUUCUCUCGGCCGCUCAUAAUUUGCACAAUGAAUUAAAACAAUGGUCGUCGCAAGAAAACGACAUUGUUGCGGCGGCGAAACGAAUGGCGAUUCUUAUGGCGAGAUUAUCGCAAUUGGUUCGAGGCGAAGGUGGAACCAAAAAGGAUUUGAUUGAUUGUGCGAAGGCUAUUGCUGAUUCAUCGGAAGAGGUGACCAGAUUGGCUGUACAAUUGGCGAGAAUGUGUACUGAUAUCAAAAUGCGAAUGUCGCUUCUUCAAAUUUGCGAACGUAUUCCAACAAUUGCCACACAACUCAAGAUUCUUUCAACAGUCAAAGCAACAAUGCUCGGAACAGCCAGUAUGUUUUUUUUUUGUUUUAAUUAUAAUUUCCUUUAAAUUUUCCUUUAAUCAAACUUUUCAGAUACUAUUGGACCAUACGGUCAACAAAUUGAGGGUAAAUAAUGAUUGAAUUGGCAUGAGUGAUACCAAGAUUUUGACUAAACUAACUAACGUGUGAAACCCUUUACCCAAAAACAAAAACCCAUAAAAAAAACUCACACAUUAAUCGAUAUUUUUGCAGGCAGUGAAGAAGAUGAAGAAGCGAUGCAACAAUUGGUAUUGAAUGCCCAAAACUUGAUGCAAUCUGUAAAGGUAAUAUCUUUUUAUAAGAGAGAACGAAACUAAAAAAUAAAAAUCAAAUUAUAGGACACUGUUCGCGCAGCUGAAGCCGCCUCAAUCAAAAUCCGUACAAAUUCUGGACUUCGACUUCGUUGGCUUCGAAAACCAAUGUGGUCGAACUUUUAA